CGCGCCCGUGAGGGAAGGCGGCCGAGCGCGGCCCGCUCGGACUCACGCUGCGCGGCAGAGCCGCUCUCCUCCGCCGCACACCAGUGCUGCCGCCCCGGCACAGAGUCGUGUUUACCUUCCGGGGCGGCGGGCCGGAGUUCCGGGGCGGAACGCCUGUGCUGGCCGGCCCGUCUCCGGGCCGUGUGGGAGGAGGGAGUGGGUCUGGUGGACGGAGGGUGCGAGGCUCGCAGCCGCCAUGAAUGGUUCACAGAACAAUGACACUAAAAGACAGUUUCUUCUUGAACGGCUACUGGAUGCAGUUAAACAGUGUCAAAUACGGUUUGGAGGAAGAAAAGAAAUUGCUUCAGACUCUGAUAGCAGAGUCACUUGUUUGUGUGCUCAGUUUGAAGCUGUGUUACAGCAUGGUCUGAGGAGGAGCCGAGGAUUAGCAUUAACAGCAGCAGCGAUCAAACAGGCAGCAGGUUUCUCUAGUAAAACUGAAACAGAGCCAGUGUUUUGGUACUAUGUGAAAGAAGUUCUGAAUAAACAUGAACUGCAGCGCUUUUACUCUCUGAAGACAAUUACUACAGAUAUUGGUAGAGGCCGGGCUUGGUUGCGCUGUGCGUUAAAUGAACAUUCCCUGGAAAGAUAUGUUCAUAUGCUGCUUGCAGAUAAAAAUCGGCUCAGUGUCUUCUAUGAAGACUGGUCUUUUAUGAUGGAUGAAGAACGUUCUAGUAUGAUCCCCACAAUGGCAGCUGGUCUGAACUCCAUUCUUUUUGCAAUCAACAUUGAUAAUAAGGAUUUAAAUGGGCAGAGCAAAUGCACACCCACAGUGUCUGAUUUGCUAAAGGAAUCGACGCAAAAUGUAACCUCAUUAUUGAAGGAAUCCACUCAGGGUGUUAGCAGCCUUCUUAGAGAGAUAACUGCAUCAUCUGCUGUCUCCAUUCUAAUAAAACCUGAUCAAGACACUGACCCACUUCCUGUUCUCUCAAAGAAUGUAAAUGCUGAUUUGAAAUAUAAAAAAGAUCGGAAAAAGAAGAAGAGAGUGACAAAUAUUAUCUCAUUUGAUGAAGAGGAAGAUGAGCAAAAUAUGGGGGAUUCCACAAAGACUCUGACUGCGGGAGAAAGUUCAGAGGAGAGUAUAGACAGAUCUUCAGUUUUUGUAUUACCCUCAUCUGAAAGCACUCUGGGCAGAAAUUUGAAUGGGUAUGAAAGUAACCGUUUGUGGAGGAGCAAUUCAGUGUUCAUGAAUGGAGAGUAUGAAUACCAGAAACUAGAUGUGAAGAGCAUUGAUGAUGAAGAUGCAGAUGAGGAUGAGCUAUAUGGAAAAAUGUUAGGGAAUAAAGACACAGAAGGUGAAACUGAAGCUUCUGAAAAGCGUCAUGAAAUAGGCACAUGCAAUUCUCAGAUAUGCAACUGGACUCCUCUGCAGGUCCUGAAUGAUGACUCAGAUGUUCUAUUUCCUGUCAGUGCCAUUGGCUCUUACUCCCAAACAGAUAACUUGGAGAAUGGAGAGGGGCAUGAACAUGUUCAUGCAGUAGAACUGGUUCCAAGAAGAUCUGAUCUUCCUUACGGAGUGGAAGUCAGUCCUCCAGCUCAAGUGAAUACUUUAAGCAAUAUGUUGCCUUCAGCCACUGUGCCAGAAUCCAUGACAAUUAAUGAACUUCGCCAAGCUAUCGUGGCCAUGAUGAAUAGAAAGGAUGAACUUGAAGAACAGAAUAGAUCUCUGAGAAAUCUUCUUGAUGGAGAGAUGGAGCAUUCUGCAGUGCUAAGGCAGGAAAUGGACAACUGGAGAAGGAAAGUAGCAGAACAGGAAGAGCGACAUGCCACGAAAGUCCAAGCCUUGGCAAGAGAAAAUGAGGUGCUAAAAGUACAACUUAAGAAGUAUGUAGGAGCUGUCCAGAUGCUCAGAAGAGAAGGUCAAACAGUGGAAGUUCUGCCAAACAUUUGGAGCACUGAUGGUGAAUUUACUAUUCCAGAGCAAAAGCAAGUAGAAAACAAUGAGGAACUGGCCAACUCUUACGAAAGAAAAUUGAUUGAGGUAGCUGAAAUGCAUGGGGAACUGAUUGAAUUCAAUGAGAGGCUGCACCGUGCUCUGAUGGCUAAAGAAGCUCUCGUGUCCCAGAUGAGACAAGAACUAAUUGAUUUGAGAGGGCCGGUCCCUGGAGAUUUGAGUCAAACAUCUGAAGAUCAGAGUUUGUCAGAUUUUGAAAUAUCAAAUCGGGCUCUUAUUAAUGUUUGGAUUCCCUCAGUCUUUCUGCGUGGAAAAGCGGCUAAUGCUUUCCAUGUUUAUCAGGUUUAUAUUAGGAUAAAGGAUGAUGAAUGGAAUGUUUAUCGAAGAUACGCGGAGUUCAGAAGCUUGCACCAUAAAUUACAGAAUAAAUACCAGCAAGUCAGGACUUUUAACUUUCCACCAAAAAAGGCCAUUGGAAACAAGGAUGCAAAGUUUGUGGAAGAGCGACGCAAGCAGCUACAAAAUUACCUAAGGAAUGUAAUGAACAAAAUUAUUCAAACUGUGCCAGAAUUCACAGCCAAUCCCAAAAAAGAGACUCUUAUUCAGCUGAUGCCCUUUUUUGUUGAUAUUCCACCUUCUGGAGAACCAGUAAGCAAAAGCAAUCGCUCAAGAGUGACUACACGCUUCCCCAAACUCUCUCGCAACCAUCAGAGAGAGCCACGAAGCCUGGAACCUCAGAGCGGUGAUCUUUGACCCUUUUUUGUAAUUGUGAAUGCUGGCACCACGUACUUUAAGUUGUUCUGUCAUUCCUUCCCAGCCUAUAUUUAUCAUUUAAGCUCCUGAAGAGACUACAGCUGCAUCAACUUAAAUCCUGAAAGGAGACAUUCAUUACGAAGGGUCAUAUCCUGAGUAACUACUUUGGAAGGCAGUAAUCACUUUCUCAAAAGAAUACGAGGGCUCUUCACGAGGGCUCAGCAAACUGAUAGGCAUUUUGUUUUGUAAAGCUGCAUUGCACAUAUUCUCCUUUGUUCUUCUGAAGUUCUUCUGUUACUACGAGUUCCUUGUUUCUAUUGUGUUGUCUCCCUUUUGAUAUGUACAUUUUUCUGUUCCAGAGAGACAUGGGUAUCAUGUCAAGACAAUUUUUUUCCUUAGAAGAACAGUUGUUAUUAUCACUACUUACUAUGUCAGAAAGAUGUGCUUAAAAGAACCUCACUAAUUUAUUACCUUUUGUAAAUAGAGACUGGUGUUUUUUUAUUGUAAACCUCUGAUACACAAAGGUUUUUAAAAAACUUGACGAAGUAGAUGACAAGGGAAAAACAUUAUAGGUGGAAAAACAGCUUUUGUACAUUUCUAGUUAGAUAUUCUCAAUAGCUUUCAUUUGAGGGAAGUAAUUCUUUAAAAUCAGAGAAUGUAAUAAUAUUUUAGUGAAAUUUCAGUCUUGCUGUAAGGCUGGGUGCAAUAUUAUUGAUUUCUAUAAGCCACCACAAGGAUACACAAAAAUUAGCAUGGUACAAAACAGUGUUUUCAAGUCUUGGGUUAUAUUUUGUUAUUAAUUUGUUGCUGAUGUUACAGAAUGGUCCAUCAUUAGCAGGGCAGUGUGGAAUUCUUACUCUGAUUUUGUAAAAUCCUUCACAUGGUGAUACUUAAAAAUUGCCUGUAAUCAAAGUGCCUGUUACCCAUCACCUCUUAUUAAAAAGUAAUUUGUGAUGGUACUAGAGUAACUAAAAAAAUUGGCAAGAAUUAUUACAAGUGAUGGAAGUCCUGACACGGAUGAACUGGAAUCCAGUUCAGUAUCCAUUAGCUGCACUGCCGUAGGCAGUUAAUUAUAUGUUAGCUAUCUUCUUCUCUUCAUUAAGUUCAAGCAGUGUGCAUUCAAAUUUUCUAUCAGUUGUAUUCUGGUUUUCCUUUGUGUAAGAACAUCUUUCUUCUCAGAAGUUUUUUUGGAUAAUGCUACUUAAAUUGAUGUAUCUUGUCAUUUUAUUAUCCAUUCAUUAUAUUAAAUUCUCAAUGUCAGUAGAUAUUGGAAUCUAAUAUUACCCUUCAGAAAAAACCAAACUGAUGAUUAAUAAUAGAUCUUUUACCUCAGUGUUUUACUAAAGUUCUAGCGAACUGGAACUUCGGUUCUGCAAACCUGUGGUUAUCGUAUAUUGUUUAGUCAGGUAAGUGGUCCAGUCAUUUUCAGUGGCACUUCUUGAGUGAGUAGGGGUUCAUUACACACCGUGAGUAACAUCAGUGGGCUGGUGCCUGAGCGUGAGCCCCAGGUGCUGGAUUCCUACCACUGAAAUAAGUAGUUUAUAGAUUGCACUGAAUAGCAGAAUGUGGCAAAGAGGAGUGGAAUUCACUCUUCAGGUCAAAAUUUCAGUAGAUUAAAUACCACAAAGUAAAAUCAUGUCACAGAAAUGAAACAAUAUUGCUCAGUCAGUAAGAGAUCUCAUUUACAAAAUAAAUAGAUAGAUAAAGAGAAAACCCAAAAGGCCAGCCUGGGAGCUAGCUGAUUUGUUUUUAUUAAAAGAUGAAUUACUGUUGGUGUUUUGUGUGAACUACAGUGGGACAUCUAUUUAAGAAGAAAGGAAAAUUAGUAGCUUGCCAGUUAAUGCUUCUCCAGACUCUUCAGUCUGAUACACUGCUGGUAGUUUAGUUUGUUGUUGUUGGAAAGAAAAGUAGCUAUAAUGAUGGUCCCACUUUGAAACAAUUCUAAAUUCAUUUUUCAGAAAGUGGAGACUUGCUUAGUAGAAAUAUGACACACAUCUAUUAACAUUGAGUUGCAAGUAUAUCCGAAAGAAAACACUCUGUGGAAACCUUUGUGAUGUACCUGUCACAUGAAGCUGUAUUCAUUUUCAGGAAAUAGUUCACAGAUUAAAGCACUCCUUAAUCAGAAAGCUGCCAAUGGUAAGAAAUCUCCUAGUGCAGACUAAAAUGAAUUUUUUUUUUUUUUUUCAGUUUAGAAGGAAUUUUUCGUACCUACAUUUGGCUCUUCAUUAUUUCAUUCCUAAUUAUCUUGCUUGUAAUUUUAAUGUAUGUACGUAGAUCUCAUAAAAAUACUAAACUUGUUUACUGUGUACAAAUUGUUCUUUGUUAACUUUAGCUGAAUUGUGUAUCAGCUCCUAAGAUUACUGUCUGCAAACAGUGUUCACUUUGUGAUAUCUUAAUGGAUGCAUUACUAAUCCAUUUAAAAGCUCACCUGUGGUUUCUCUAAAAUUUCAGAAAAUAAUUGUCUUUCUUCACAAGAUAGCCUUCCCACUUUUUAUGGUUUAACUUUAUGUGGUUAUUUUGAAGAUCAGUGAGGUCCUUGCAUGACUGCAAGUAGAUACCUAGUGGUAUGAAUGCCCAAAUUUUUAGCACCUCAAGACAUUCUAAAAUGCCCUGUCUUUGAGAGAAUUGUACGUAUCUGUCACAAAUCCUGCUUCUUUUGUUUAUUUACCAGAAUACCAGCAGGUUGACCAGCUGGUAUUAAGAAUCCCAGAUAGUUAUAUUAUUCUUAUAAAAUACCUGUAGGUGUAAUAAUGAUUCUACCAGGUGAAUGAUUUUAUCAGUUUAUCCCCUGUCACCUAAUUCCAUGCAUGUAGUUACAAUUUUUGUAUAAAUCAAAUUUCCUUUGGUACUGACUGAUAGCUCUUAAACCCUUAUAUGUGAUCAGUGGCUGGUGCACAAUGAUGGGUUCAAUCAUUUCUGGUUGGCUCCCUUCAACAGCUCUGUAAUCACAGAAUAGAGGACUUGGGACAGGCUGGGCCCUGGGGUUGUUCCUGAAAGCCUCAGGCUACGGCCUGGUACGAGGCAGUGUAGAGGAAUUUGUAAUAUCGUUUCCAUUUCAGUCCUCUUUUAUCUUUAGAACUAUUAGGUCUCUAGGGCUGUUCAUCUGGAACCUUUAGUGACUAUUCAAAAUAAAUUGUAAAAACAAGUAGCAUUAUUUUUCUUUUAAUGCUCUUCUCCAGUCACAUGCAAAAUUAACUAUUUCCUAAGAAACAGAGGGUCAGCAAGGCUCUUCCAUCUUUUGCAGAUGUGAUUGUCUAUCAGUAUUCACCACAUAUUGACUAUGGUGUUUCAGAAUCUCAUUUAUUUAGAGAUUCUGUCAUUCGUUAUAGAGAAUGCAUUGUAUCGACUUGGGUUUUGCAUUAAAUCAAGCUUCUUAAUAAUAAUAAUAAAUUUCCAAGCUUUAUAUGAGGCAGGAUAUUGACAUAGUUAUAAAGGCUUAAACUGAUGCGUCCAUUAAGUCACAUACUCUUAGGAAGAUUAAUAAUUUUAAAGCCAGUCUUUUUAAUGGAAUAUAUUGUUGAUGUGAUAGUUGUAAUCAAACUAUGCUAUCUUACAGAACCUACUGCAAGUUAUAAAACAUGGUGAUUGGAUUAAUACAAGUAUUUAGAGAAAGGGCAUAAUGGUAUUAAAGAUCACUGGCUGAAAAGUGCGACCUAUUGCAAAGGUGAAUUUUUUUUGUUACAAAGUCAAGUUUUAUUGUGUAGAACAGUAUCUUCAUGGUAGCUGCCAAAUUAAAUAAGAACCUACUAACAAAUGGGGUUGACUGACUGAGAGCAGCAAGCUAGUAAUAAAUGAGACUUGGUGAGCUUCAAGUGAACUAGUGAUACUGUCUGUCAGGACAUAUUAAUGAUUUAAGAAUAGGAUAUUUUGUUAACAGAAUCAGUUAUUAGUACUUUCAGAUACGGAGUCAUUCUUUUUGCUUCAAAGAACACAGGGAUCUCAGUUCUGCUAUAAGUUUCAUGCCAUUUCAAAGGUUCAAACCCCCCACCCCCCAAAAAAAUUUUUUUUCAUCUAAUAACUUGUAAUUCUGAGGACAGAUAACACAUACCUGUGG